AUGAACGCCCCAGACAGAUACGAGUCCUUCAUCCUUGCCGACGAUGAGAAGAAAGUCGAGGUCGACCCAGAGACUCGCGUCCCAAAUGCGGCCAUGUUCACCUUCAACAAGGAGGAUCACACCCUCGGCAACCUCCUCCGCGCCAAGCUCGUCAAGUCCCAGCACGUCCUCUUCGCCGGCUACCAAGUCCCACACCCACUCUUCGCGACCUUCAAGCUGCGUGUGCAAACCGACGGCGAGGUGACUCCAAAGGAGGCGGUUGUCGCGGCGUGCAAGGAUCUCUUGGGAGAACUGCACAACUUGGACCAGGAGUUCACGAAGGAGUUUGAGCUGAAGAAGAUUUCUCAUAGAAGGACUGAAUGCUAUUGA